GAAAAGUAGAAAACAGAAAACUAAAACAGCCUUCAUUUUUUCCCAUUGCAAUCAAAUAAAAUAAAAUCAACAUUGCACUCCCAUAAUAUCAUUCCAGAUCUCUUCAAAUCCAAUUUCAUCAAUUCUAUCAAAUCUUCUUCCCCCUUUUCAUCCUCAAAUUCAACAAUUUAGGGUUUUAAUAGCAAGAAAAACCCAUCAUUCGAACAUCAAAAUCAAUAACAAUGGCGAAAGGAAGACAUAAUCGAAAGAGAUCAUCAACAUCAACACUAGUUUUAUCAAUGUUACUCAUGUUAACAUUAGUUCUACUUUUGCUUCUUGCGCUUGGUAUUCUAUCUCUUCCUGCUUCUUCCGAUCAUCUUAGACCUGCUCAUGAUCUUAGCAGCUUUGGUCGUAAAGUUCUAGAAAGAGGGAAGGGGGUUGGACAGAGAGGUCAACAAUGGGUGGAGAUUCUUUCUUGGGAACCUCGAGCUUUUCUUUACCAUAAUUUCUUGUCCAAAGAGGAAUGUGAGUAUCUGAUUGACCUUGCAAAACCUCACAUGGUGAAGUCUACUGUUGUAGAUAGUAAAACCGGUAAAAGUAAGGACAGCAGGGUCCGCACUAGUUCUGGAAUGUUUCUGAGAAGAGGUCAAGACAAAAUCAUAAGGGACAUAGAGAAAAGAAUAGCCGAUUUUACCUUCAUUCCUGUAGAGCACGGUGAAGGAUUACAGAUUCUUCACUAUGAAGAAGGUCAGAAGUAUGAACCUCACUAUGAUUACUUCCUUGAUGAAUUCAAUACAAAGAAUGGAGGCCAAAGGACUGCCACUGUUUUAAUGUAUUUGUCUGAUGUGGAAGAGGGUGGUGAGACUGUUUUCCCGGCUUCACGUAGAAAUUUUAGUACAAUACCAGGGUGGAAUGAGCGGUCCGAAUGUGCUAAAAGGGGUCUCUCUGUGAAACCAGUUAGGGGUGAUGCCUUACUUUUUUGGAGCAUGAGGCCAGAUGCGACGUUAGAUCCCGCCAGUCUUCAUGGUGGCUGUCCAGUCAUUAAAGGAAACAAGUGGUCAUCAACAAAAUGGAUGCAUAUUGAGGAAUUCCGGAUCUAGGCAUUCCAUUAGAUUGGUGAUUCGUUGACAGGUUAUUGGAGCGUCCGAGUUUUGGCCCGUUUUUUGCAAGAUGUUGUAGUUGUCGUUGCUGAUUGUUCGAGCCCCAACCACAGUUGCGUGCCCUCCCUACUAACACAUUUGACAUUACUGUUGUAGCGAUUACAAUGAUGAGUACGAGUAUCCAACGAAAUGAAAGUUAGUCCCUUUAAUACUGUUUUGUUUGGUAUACAAGGGGUAUAUAUACGGUUUUCCUGGUGUAGUGCAUUUUUCUUUGUGAUUACGUUCUGUGAUUUCGACUUUGGAGAGAUAUGCUGGUUGCUUGAAUGUAAUCUAUACGGAGAUGUAUAGCGUUUGAAGCUACGAGUAAAGGUCGUAUUUAGCUGUCGUUUGGUUCAUCGAUAAAAUAAUUUCCCAUAUGAAUGUAAUUUAGCCAAUUUACUACUGUGAAA